UACUUGGUUGAUUGAAUGAGUGGGCUUGAGUGAGAGGAAAGAGCAAGAGAGCGCGAGAACAUGCGACCUAUCGAAAGAGCUGAAUCAAGAGAGGCGUUUCGGCACCAUUCUCCGGGAGAGUAGACGCGACAUUUGCCGCAAGUAAUGUUAGAAAGGAGUGGAGUAAAUGAGAACGAAAACUCUUAUUUCGUGUGGAUUAUUUCUGGAAAAACAAAGCCCUACCAAAACGGAAACUAGUACAACAUUAGAAACAACAUACAAAGAUUGGAAUAAUACGGUCGCUGUCUACAGGACCAAACCCAUGAUGUACCUCGCCUGCUCUGCAGCCCCACCAACAUCCAGUCUGUAGAGGAAGCGGCCGCACCAGCAUGUCCUCCCACCCCCAGUCUGUGCCUCAGGGCCGGAGGGCUGUGGACAUCCGCCACCUGCCAAACCCUGCCAGUCUACCGCUGCAGCUGGCACGGGCACACACGGAUGUGGGACUGGUGGACUACCACCCUCACUCUCGGGACUACAGCUCACACCUGGCUCAGCCCCACCGCCGCCGGCCCUCUCUGCUGUCUGAGUUCCAGCCAGGGAAUGAGAGAGGUCAGGAGCAACACAUCCGCUAUGAACACAUCUACUUACCUGAGCCCAACAACCAAUCAGAGGUGGAGUAUGUUGAGAUAAAGCGUCCCCGCCUGGACCUUGGGGCGGAGUCUCUCAUGAGGCACUCAUCCCACCGCCCACAACUUCCUCUGGGAGGGGCUGAGGACAUGUCAAAGGACCGGGGCAGCUCCAUGGGGAAGCUGGAGCCCAUCUCCCCCGUCAGCCCGGCCCAGAUGGACCCAGAUCUGGACCUGGUGCCAGCCCGCUUCUCCAAGGAGGAGCUCAUCCAGAACAUGGACCGUGUUGACCGGGAGAUCACCAUGGUGGAGCAGCAGAUAUGCAAGCUACGCAAGAAACAGGUACAGCAACAGCUGGAGGAGGAGGCAGCGAAGCCCCAGGAGCCGGAACGGUCUAUGAUCUCCCCCCCGCCCAGUGAGGCCAAGCACCGCAGCCUCGUGCAGAUCAUCUAUGACGAGAACAGGAAAAAGGCAGAGGAAGCGCACAGGAUUCUGGAAGGACUGGGACCCCGAGUAGAACUGCCUCUGUACAACCAGCCAUCUGACACCAAGCAGUACCAUGACAACAUAAAAAUAAACCAGGCGAUGAGGAAGAAACUCAUCCUUUACUUCAAGAGGAGGAACCAUGCUCGUAAGCAGUGGGAACAGAAGUUCUGCCAGCGCUAUGACCAUCUGAUGGAGGCCUGGGAGAAGAAGGUGGAGGGCAUUGAGAACAACCCCCGGCGCCGGGCUAAGGAGGGCAAGGUACGAGAGUACUACGAGAAACAGUUCCCUGAGAUCCGCAAGCAGAGAGAGCUGCAGGAGCGCAUGCAGAGCCGUGCGGGACAGCGUGGAGGAGGACUGGCCUCAUCUGCAGCCCGCAGUGAACACGAGGUCUCUGAGAUCGUUGACGGCAUAUCAGAGCAAGAGAACACCGAGAAGCAAAUGCGCCAGCUUGCGGUCAUCCCUCCCAUGUUGUUUGACGCCGAGCAGCAGCGCAUCAAGUUCAUCAACAUGAACGGCCUGAUGGACGACCCCAUGAAGGUGUACAAGGACCGGCAGGUCAUGAACAUGUGGAGUGAACAGGAGAAGGACACCUUCCGCGAGAAGUUCAUCCAGCACCCAAAAAACUUUGGCCUGAUUGCUUCUUUCCUGGAGAGAAAGACGGUGGCAGAAUGUGUCCUCUUCUACUACCUGACCAAAAAGAACGAGAACUACAAGAACAUUGUGCGCAGGAACUACCGGCGUCGUGGCAGGAGCCAGCAUGGCCAACAGCAGCAACAACAACAGCAACAACAACAACAACAGCAGCAACAACAGCAGCCGCAACAACAGCAACAACAACAACAAGUGAACCGCAGCAGCCAGGAGGACAAGGAGGAGAAGGAGAAAGAGAAGGAGGGAGAGAGGGAGGAGGAGAAGACUGAGGGGGAAGAAAAGGAGGAUGUAAUGAAGGACGAUACCUCUGGUGAGGACGGGGAAGACAAAGAGCCCACGGUGGCCUUAAAGGGUCGCCGCACGGCUAACAGCCAGGGCCGGCGCAAGGGCCGCAUCACCCGCUCCAUGACCAGCGAGGUGGAGGAGACCGCCACUCCGCCGCUCAGCGGUGAACUCGCCAAUCUGGAGAUGAAUGAGAGCUCUCGCUGGACUGAGGAGGAGAUGGAAACCGCCAAAAAAGGUCUUCUCCAGUAUGGUAGGAAUUGGUCAGCCAUCGCCAAGAUGGUGGGCUCCAAAACUGUGUCCCAGUGCAAGAAUUUCUACUUCAACUAUAAGAAGAGGCAGAAACUUGAUGAGAUUCUGCAGCAGCAUAAAAUGAAAUCGGAGAGAGAGCGUAAGGCGCGGCGUAAAGGCAAAGCUCUACAAAGUGAAGAGGCCAGUGCCCCGUCUGCUGCCGAGGAGGAGGAGAUGGAGGGCUCCGGGGCCAGCGGCAACGAGGAGGAGGCCCCCGAGGAUGGAGAAGGUGGUGCUAACAACAGCUCUGACACAGAGAGCCUGCCCUCUCCGCGUUCCUCUGAGGACAGCAAGCCUAAAGAGGAGGGUAGUGGUGGGGCCAAAGCUGGCUCAAACUCUGGGGACAAGGAGGCCUCAGGUUCCCACAUGGGCCAGCGAGGAGAUGAGAAACCCCCAGGAGAAGUGGGGAAGGCCAUCAAGCAGGAGGUGAAGACCGAGGCAGAGGAGGGCAACAAGGAGCAGCCAAGCGAAUCCACAGACCGAGACAUGAAGCCCCCCACUGCAGAUGCAGAGGAGAGCAAGAGCUCAUCCAAGAGCUCCAAGAGGGACCAUGGGCCCAAGACGGGCUCCCACGCAGACAGUGACUCUAGUGCCACCUGCAGCGCGGACGAGUUGGAGGAGUUGGAUAGUACAGAGAAGAACAGGAUGACAUCUCCCAGCCGUCCGAGCCUGCUGAACUAUGCUCAUGAUGGGGUCAUCUCCUCCCCCCUGCAAAAGCCCAUGGACCUGAAGCAGCUCAAACAGAGGGCUGCUGCCAUCCCCCCUAUUAUGCCCCAGAUGCCGGAUGGUGGACCUCGGGGUGGGUGUAGUAAGGCUGAGCUGCCCCCCCAUGCCCUGGCUCUCUACCAGCAGCAGAUCACCAUGGCUCAUGGAGAGUCCUCCCAGGAGGCCAAGCAGCAUGCAGGUCAGCCCAGCAAACAGCACCCCUACCCAGCGCAGGGGGACCCCCAUAACAUCAGCAGCCCCCGCGUCCACCCACACAGCCCUUCCGCCAGCGACAAGGACGAGCUGGAAGGCAACGAGAGGUGGCUGCAGACUCUACUUCACGGAUUACAUAAGUCCCGGUCCUUCUCUCCUCAUGGUGACCCUAAGAAGCAGCCGGUGGGGCCAGAGGACCUGAGGGCCACUACCCUGGGCCGGCCCAUCAUGUCCCCCUACCCAAUGUCCCAUCGAGACAUGGCCAAGCUCAGCCACGACCAGCACCUACUCCACUAUAACUCCUCUUUCCAGCAGGCUAGCCACUCUGGGCCCCCUGGUCUGCAGCAGGAUGGUGCCAGAUUGGCAGCGGUGCUCUCCCUCCAUAUGCCAGAGCCACCCCCUCUCAUCUCCUCCAACAAGCCAGGGGGGUCUAUCACACAGGGCACCCCAGUGCAGCUGCAUAGCCCGGCUCAUGGGAUGGACCAUGGGAAGAUGCCCCCUGUACAGAUGGGUUUGUCCUGGAUGGAUCAGAGGAAAGUGGGUGAGUCCAAGUGUCUGGAGUGGGUGCAGCACUCCCAGCCUUGGUUUGCUGGUCCCUACCCGGUGGUGAAGCAGGAGCAGCUGUCUCCGCGGUGCCCGUCAUCCCUGGCAGAGAACCUGUCCACGCAGGGGAUGCCCCAUGACGCCAAUGCUGGACGUGGGUCUUUGCCAGCAGUGCAGGGGGGUAGCAUCACAAAGGGCAUCCCAGGGACCAGAGUGCACCAGGACUCCCCCAUCUCCUACCGGGGAGGCUCCAUCACCCAGGGCACCCCGGCAGAUGUGCUGUACAAGGGGACCAUAACCCGUCUGAUCACAGAGGAUAGCCCCAGCAGAGCAGAGAGGGAGCGGGAUGAGCUCCUGUCCAAAGGACACGUGGUCUAUGAGGGCAUCAGUGGACACAUCCUCACCUAUGACCGCCCACCCUCUCAGAACCCUAAAGAUGACGGCCGGGGCCAGCCUGGGGAGAUCUUGGGGCUGAAGCGCCCCUAUGAUGUCAGGGGGUUGCCCAUGAGGGAGACACUGUCUGCAGCUAACUGUGAGGGUCUGAUAGGCAGAGCCAUAUCUCACGAGAGAGACAACCCACACCCAAACCACCACAUCCGUGGUUCCAUUUCACAGGGUAUCCCCCGUCACCUGGACAUCCAGGAUGGCUACAUGAGACGGGAGGCCAAGCAGAUGAAGAGAGAGGGCUCCCCGUCCCAAGGGACUGGCCAGAUGGCUGAACCCAUGAAGGGUCGAGAGGCCAUUGUGCCCACAGUGAAGGAGGGGGGCCGAUCCAUCCACCUCAUCCCCAGAGAGGAGCUCCGACUGAUGCCCGAAGGCAUGAUGAUGCCCAAGGCUGGCAAAGAGGGCAUCAUAGUACAGGGCACUCCUAUGAAGCAGGAGCAGGGUAGCUCAAGGAAGGGGCACGACGUUCGUUCCAUAAUCGCCAGCUCCCCACGCUCCCACUACGGCAUGCCCUCCCACCUGGAGAUGCGAGGAGCCGAGCAGCGGGGCCGCUACGAGGAGGGUCCUAAGGGCCGUCCCAGCACUGUGGUCAACACGGCCAGCUCCAUGGCUCGAUCCUCGCCCCUGGCAAUGGGGGGUGAGCAGGGUGGCAAGGCUCACCACAGCCCUGUGGGCUACGAGGAACACAAGGGCGGCAUAAGGACUCCCUACCCUGGACCUGCUCACCGAGGAUCUCCCCUGUCAGGCCAGCGGCAGCAUGAAGGCUCCAAUAAGAACCAGCCUCAGGAGCGCAAGGCCACACCCACCCCUCGGGAGAUGAGCUCCGGCAAGUCACCCCUGCCGGGCGUUGCUGAGCAGCAGGCCCAACAACAACAGGCGUCCCUGGUGUCGUACGAGCGUCUGCUGCAGGGUCUGGGGGCCGACGUAUAUCGAGGACAGAUCCCCCUAGCCUUCGAUCCUGCCUCCCUGCGUCAGGGCAUCCCCAUCGACCCAGCCUACUACCUGCCUCGCCACCUGGCCCCUAACCCUGGCUACCCUCACCCCUACCCCUACCUGAUCCGUGGCUUCCCCGACACGGCAGCCCUGGAGAACCGCCAGACGCUGCUCAACGACUACAUCACCUCCCAGCAGAUGCACCAGUGGCCUGCAGCCGCCGCUAUGGCUGCCCAGCGCUCAGACCUGCUGAGAGGGCUCUCGCCACGGGACCAGCCCCUCCAAAUGCCCUACUCUGCUGCCCCACGCGGGAUCAUCGAUCUGUCUCAGGUGCCACACUUACCUGUCCUAGUCCCUCCCUCUGCAGGUUCUUCCGGCUCCCCCAUGGACCGCAUCACUUACAUCCCCGGGGGCCAGGGAGGCUUCCCCACCCGGCCUUACAACACCUCCCCCAUCUCACCAGUUGGGCCCCAACACAUGAGCAAGCAGCACGGCACACCAUCUACUGACCGCGAACGAGAGAGGGACCGCGAGAGGGACCGCGAGAGAGAGAGGGACCGCGAGAGAGACCGAGAGAGAGAGAGAGACCGCGAGAGAGAGAGAGACCGCGAGAGAGACAGGGAGCAGGAGAGAGAGCGGGAUCGUGAGAGACAGCGAGACAGAGAGCGGGACCGGGACAGAGAGAAAGGGAUCUCUCAUGGCAACGUGGAACAUGCCCCCAUCUGGAGACCAGGCACAGAGCACAGCUCCGGUGGUAGCAGCAGUGUCAGGCCCUCCUCCCACUCCGGCUACAGCCACCAGCACUCCCCUGUGUCGCCUCGUACUCAGGACAGUGUCCAGCAGAGGCCCAGCGUCCUGCACAACACUGGGGGCAAGAGUCUGCCUGUCAGUGACCACAACAACCCUUCUGUGCUAAGGUCCAUGCCAGGCUCCAAUCGCUACCCAGGCUACAGCCACCUCCAGAGGACCGGGAUGCCUACUGAGGGCUACCCACCAAGCAUGGACCCCAAGGAAAUGGGCCGGGAUGGUGGCAAGAGCAGGGGAGGCCUUCCUAAACACACCCAAGACCAACAUGGCCCCUCUAUAUCCUCCAGCAAAUCUGACCCCAAGCUGGCCAACCCUAACCAAGGGGGUUACCCCGUGCCCUACCACCAGGGCUCUGCAGCCUCUUACCACUCAGGCCGGCCCCCACCUCACCUGCUGCCCCCCCUGUCGGAUAGCCAUGUUGGCCGCGGAGAAAGUGGCACACCUAGUAGGGAAAAGACUCAAAACAAAGCGAUGUCCGUUCAGGAACAAGAGCUCCGAUCACUCGGUAAGACCACCAUGACUGCGGCCAACUUCAUAAACGCGAUUAUCAUGCGUCAAAUUUCUUGUGAAACGGGGAUGCCAGAGACGGGCUCGCUCGUGGCCAACAGCGCCAGUGAUGCUCAACAAAAGAUGAUGCCCAUGGAGCAGCACGGUCCGUACCGGCCUCCCUCCGAGGAGAGGCUGUCCCCGGGCCAGCAAUCCCCCCUGAUGAAAGGCAGCCAGAGGGUGGUCACCCUGGCGCAGCACAUCAGUGAGGUGAUCACCAAGGACUAUACCCGGCAGAGCCAACAGGCCCAGCAGCAGUCCUACCACAGCAACCCAGUCCUGGACCUAACCCGGCCCCUCAGCGCUCCCCAUGCCCUGCCUGCCUCCCAGGAGUCUAGUCAGGGACCUCGCUACACUCCAGAGAGGACAGGAGGGGAACGUACCCGAGAUGGGUCUCCUCAGCCCAAGGCAUCACCUGUCAGUAUGUCUGCAGACGGCAUUGAGCCAGUGUCUCCUGCAGGAGCUAUGUCUGAACCAGAUACACAAGGGGCCUCCUACCCCAACGAGCAGGGAGAGCAGGGCAUGGGCUCUCGCUCCCCUCCCAACACCCAGCCCCCAGCCUUCUUUAGCAAGCUCACUGAGAGCACCUCGGCCAUUGUCAAGUCCAAGAAACAGGAGAUGAUCAAGAAGAUGACCGUGGUCGGCAGUGAAACUGAUUUCAAUACUGGCCAGCCAGGAACAGAGAUUUUCAACAUGCCUGCCUCUACCACUGCAGGACCUGUAAGUAUUCGCAGCCACCCGGCUCCUGAGGCGUCCGGUAACACCAUAGGCCUGGAAGCCAUUAUCAGAAAGGCCCUGAUGGGCAAGUAUGAUGACCAGGCCGAGGAGCGCCCUCCCUCCUCCAAUGCUAUUAACUCCAUGGCUGCCAGUGUGCCUGCCGCCAAUCCUCUCACUGACGGACGGACCGAGGACUCUUACUCACUACAAGGUGGGGGGAAGCCAAAGGGUAACGGGCGCUCUAAUGGGCGGAAGGCCAAAUCCCCCGGGCCGGGCCUGUCAGGGGGGGAGAGACCCUCCUCUGUGUCCUCUGUCCACUCUGAGGGGGAUACCAACCGCCGCACGCCCCUCAUCAACCGUGUCUGGGAGGAGCGGCCCUCCUCCACAGGCCCCACUCCCUUCCCAUGUAACCCCCUGACCAUGCGUUUCCCCAGUGGCAUGCCAGUGUCAGCGCCCUCCCCAUCCUCUGGCCAGCUAGGGGUCCAGGGUCUGGGGCAGGGGCGGGCCUGGGAGGAGGAACCUAAGCCCCUGUUGUGUUCUCAGUACGAGACCUUGUCUGACAGCGAGUGAGAGACCCCGCCAAGGAACAGAACAGCACCUACCAACUAUCAACCACCUCCACUGCUGCUGCAGACACACACACACACACCACUCUACACUCUCCAUCCCACUCUACACUCUCCACCCAGGAAAGGAGUGACCUCUUAGCCUCCCAUCUCACACUGCUGACUGAGCAUCUCAAGCGCUGAUGGUGGUGUGCUGAGACACUGCUGCUCAGUGAAUGUGUGUGUGUGUGUGUGUGUUGGUGUUUCUGUGUAUACAUUCACUCCAGGACUACUCUAAAGAGGACAAAUCACUUGUUUUUUUUUACUUGCCCCCCCCUCCCUCUUGCUGGCCUUAUCAAUACGGACACAUCAAUUCACUCACUUUUUUGUGUACGUUUCUAGUGUCUUCUACGGAUUGUGGAAGGGACUUGAUACGGCCACAUAGUCUGAUGUUCAUGUGUUUUAAUCUGACCUGUUGAUGGAUUCACUGGCCCUGGACAAGGAUGGAUGUGUCCUCUGUUGUACAGGAAUCCUGCUCUACUCUGUCUGGGCUCUGUGAGCAGGGUUUCAACCUGGAGCUUCAACUUGGAGAAGCCUGCUGCCUCCACUGACCAUCUCGAUCUCUCAUUCCUUCUGCCAAUGACCCCAUGGACAUGGAGUUAACCACACAGAGCUCUGCAUGGAGAGGUCUGCUAGGGAAGUGGACUCCUUCACUGACCCAUGUCACUGUGCAAAGGGCAGUGGGACAGGCAGGUAGCCAGGCAAAUGGCAUCCAUAGUGCAGUAGAGUACAGUACAUUAGUGGACACUCGGCCGGUGCAUUUCUACCACUAUCAGAUGAUGGACAGGAGGGAAAAAAACACAUUGUUUUCCUGUGUUUGUUAUUUAGUUUUCUCCUUUUUAAAUCAAGUCAGUCCAGUCUUGUGUUUGAAAGUGAGCUGAGACCGCUAGUACUUUUUAUGGUGAAUUUUGAUGGUGUCAGUUAUUGUUUCUUAUUUGCAAUGAUUUAUCUUGGGGGGUACCUGGGAGGGCUAUAUCAUUGGUUAACAGGGUAUACAUGCUGUCCAUUGCUGAUGAUGUCAUCAUACAUUUGAAAUGUUAUAGGAGGACGGUGGCGGCGUAUGGUCUCCGGGCAUCCAAUAGAGAGAGUGGACUGUGGGUGUGAUGGAUGGCACUAAGAGACAAGUGACACUUUCUCACUCUUUGUAUAUGAAUCAUGUCUGUGUUUGUUGAGACUGUUUUUGGAUGUUAAGCACUUAGUUGUCAAUCUGUUCACAAUGGCAUUUUUAAGAAUGUGUGUUUCGGGCAGGUGAGAAUAGACUCAAGAAGAAGAGUGUAGAAUCCUACUAAUAGAAGCGUCCUCCUCCUUUAAUAUCUGUUUCAUUUGGUCUUGCCACAUACAUGAUUUAGUGUUCCCGCACUCAAGCGACAAUCACAGCUAGUGAAACAUUACCUAGUCCGCUUAGUGCGGGUAGAGACCAACCUUAAAGCUGCUUUAGGGCAAAUUACCCGGCAUUCGAGUUGGAAUGUGCUUGCAUUAAAGAGGUGACAAAUAAAAGCCAUCUAUGUUUCUAUGCCCCUUGGACCAUGGUGGUGCCGGCUGUGGCUGUAGUGUGAGCCCCGGCUGGCCAGCUGGAAGUCUGUCUCUAGGAUGGAAUGCCUAUUGUCUCUAGGAGCCUGUUGUGACGGUCUGACCUCUGAACUUUUACUGUCUAGGGGAAGAGGAGCUCUGCCUCACCAGGCCAGAUGCACAUUUUUAUCUAGACCCAAUUUUGUACAGUUCUAAGAUUCCUAGUGUUAAGUGCCAUUCAUUUUACAUAUACAGUAAUAGUUACCAAGUGACGCACACAUUUUUUUUAAAUAUUUUUUUUCUACAUGCCAGGGUUAUAAGUGUUUAUGCAGGGAAAUGUUGAAACCAAGAGCAGAUGAAAUGUCCUUCUUUUGAUGUCUUUUGUUUUGUCCAAAUCUGUCACAGCCUUAGCGCUUAACUGUCACUGUCACUUACACAUGAUUUACAAUGGGAGCUGCUAACUUACUGUUGUGAAUGUUAAGAAAUGAAAAGCAGUGUAUUCUGUUUGAGGAUUGUAGAACUUGCUGCUGUCACAUCAGGUUACCAUGACAAUGGGCAACGACAUGGUUGAAUGUCCUCUUGCUCUUUGCAGGCUAAGCAAUAGCUAUAUAAAAGGUGAAUGCCAAGAAGAAAGAUGUAAAAAGGGUGCUGUUUGAAAGGCGAUCAUACAAACAUUGCCCAAUUUGUUUUUACAGGCAACAUACCCUCAGUCCUUAGUGAAAGGUAUUAUAUUCUGGCAUGGUCCUGAUUCAAAGGAGGUUUAAACAGUCCAAAAGUUAGUGUUACAUUUGUGUGAUUAAGUUUUUGUCCAUUACAAUGAUGGUGUCCAUGGCUUGUAUUGACUGUUGAAGCCAGAGAAGCACAGCUGUUCUCAGUGUGACCUGUUUAGAGGGACUGCACUGCAGUGUGUUAUCCUGUCCACUAGUUGAGAGGGAGUUGAGUUAGUCAUGAUGGAGACGUGUUCGUAAUGAACGUGGAACAGUUGGACAGCUUUCACUCCUUCCUCUUCACUGGAUUACAUAACGUUUCUACUCUGACUACCUAUUAUACUGGUCAUGGUUGACAUCUAAUCAGUCAAGGUGCAGCUAAAUGAAAAGGUUGGAACUGGACCCAACCGACUACAAGGUAUCCCCAGCUUUGUAUUAUAAGAUAGUUUGUGUCUUUACUAUCCAGAUGUGUUUGCUAAAUAAAAAGCAGAGGAAAUGAGAAUAACCAGUUGUUUUUAAAUGUACUGAUGUGUAUUUGAAUGAUUUAUGCUUUUCACUCGUUUCUGUUUGUUCUUACACCGCUUGCUUUGAUUAUGGUCAUGACACUCUCCAUGCUAAUAGUUAGCAUUUCAUUUGUAAUGAAAGGAAUGUUUCAAAAUGAACGAAAAACCAAUUAAUCGAAGGGCCGAUAGGAUCCCUGUAUUGUCCACAGGUUGACAUUGACAUUGAUCAACCGUAUUGUGCGUAAUGAUUUGUUUUUUAAAAAUAAUUAUAACCCACUGUAUAAUAGCCAGGAUUGUAUAUAGAACUGAAGAGAUGUAAAUAUAUAUGUGGCUUGCUGCAAGGUUGGUAUUUACAGAAAAACUAUUCACACUGUUUAAUUCUACAUGCCCACCAGCAACCUGUGUGGAUAGCAGUGUAACAAAAACAAAAAAACACUGCCUUAAUGUUUAAAUAAAAAUCUUAUUGCCAUUGAAAC